UCGGACGCAUGUAAACAUCUCUUCACAUGACGGCGCCGCUGUGUCUUCUGGACUUUGACAGAUGCGUUGAAUUUCCUCUUAUUUCUCCUCUUCUACACAAGCCUUUACCAUGAUACACAGUCUGUUCAUCGUGAAUUCCUCUGGGGAUGUUUUUAUGGAAAAACACUGGAAGAGUGUUAUACCAAGAUCUAUAUGUGAUUACUUCUUUGAUGCCCAGAGGAAAGCCAACAACAAUGAGGACAUUCCACCAGUCAUUACCACCCCUCAUCAUUACCUCAUCAGUGUGUUGCGCAGCAAUCUUUUCUUCAUUGCCGUGUGUAUGACAGAAGUUCCUCCUUUGUUUGUGAUUGAGUUCCUUCAUCGUGUGGUUGAUACAUUUGAAGAUUAUUUUGGAGAGUGUACAGAGUCCAUUAUCAAGGAACAUUAUGUGGUAGUCUACGAGCUCCUGGAUGAGAUGCUGGAUAAUGGUUUCCCUCUUGCAACAGAAAGCAACAUCUUAAAAGAGCUUAUCAAACCUCCCAACAUACUUCGCACCAUUGCUAAUACAGUAACUGGAAAAUCAAAUGUAAGUGCAACUUUACCAACUGGGCAGUUGAGCAAUGUCCCAUGGCGCCGGUCAGGAGUCAAAUACACAAAUAAUGAAGCUUACUUCGAUGUAACUGAAGAAGUGGAUGCUAUCAUCGACAAGUCUGGGGCUACAGUUACAGCUGAAAUCCAAGGCCAUAUUGACUGCUGUGUCAAGUUGUCAGGGAUGCCGGAUCUUACCCUGUCAUUUGUAAAUCCCCGCCUCUUUGAUGAUGUGUCAUUUCACCCAUGUGUCAGGCUUAAACGUUGGGAGUCUGAACGAGUGCUGUCAUUUAUUCCUCCUGAUGGCAACUCUAGGCUCCUGUCAUAUCACAUUGGUUCACAGUCAGUAGUUGCCAUUCCAGUGUAUAUUCGCCACAAUAUUUCCUUCCGUGAUGUAGGAGGAGGAAGAUUGGAUGUCACGGUAGGACCCAAACAAACUAUGGGGCGAACAGUUGAAGGUGUGAUCCUUGAAGUUCCAAUGCCAAAGUGUGUUCUGAAUUGCAACCUGGUAGUGACUCAGGGAAAGUACUCAUUUGAUCCCGUGUCCAAGGUGUUGCGGUGGGACUUAGGCCGCAUUGAUCCCACAAAACUGCCUAAUAUGAGAGGGAAUAUCAGCAUACAGAGUGGGUCCCCUCCACCUGAGAGUAAUCCUACCAUAAAUGUGCAAUUCACAAUCACUCAACUGGCUGUCUCUGGCUUGAAGGUAAACCGUCUUGACAUUUACGGAGAAAAGUACAAGCCAUUCAAAGGUGUUAAGUACAUAACCAGGGCUGGCCGCUUCCAGGUUCGCACAUAAGGGAGAGUUAGGGAGUGUAUUGGGAUGCCUUUCAUUUCUUUAGGCUGAUUUUUCUGUAAUAAUUACAUAGUUUUGUUGUUGUUGCAGCUUGUGUUUUUAUAGUAUAUUUGCUUUGAUUAAGUUUGAUAAAUAUUAUGAGAUAAAUUUUUCUGGUAUAACACUUGAGUUUUUUUAUUGUGUUUGAACAAAGGAAAGUACAUUUUCAUGCUUUCUACCGGUUCUGUAUAUGAUAAGUUCUGUUCUAAAAUGUCAUAAUUAGAUUUUGGUUUUACAUUUUGUAAAUUAAUUAAACAGGGAAUUAAUUAAUGAUUUGAAGAUUAUAAUAAGCUUAUUCAUGUAAUUUAUAUACCAAGAAUGACCAAGGAAUCUGUUUGAUGUGUAGAGGAAUACUUUAUGUACAAGACUGUAUGUUGUUUUGUCAGAGGUAACCCUAAAAAGAAGAGAAAAAAGGUAACUAGUAUAUACUUGAGAUAUUUAACAUUGCAUACAUUGCAAAGAUAAAUGUAACGGUGAAUUAAUUAUUCUUUAUAUAUAUUUAUUUUUCAUUGAUUUAAUUUUUUCUUAUAGUCUAUUGUUGAUUUUAUGAUAGUAUUUUUAAAGGAUAUUUAUGCAAAUCCUGACUAAUGCAAACUAGAAAAAAAUGAUUAUGAAACAAGAUUACACUAGUUUUGAACAUUAUUUUGGAUUUGAUACUUGAACAGCACUCCUUCAAAUCGAGAUACAGCUUCACAUUUCAUUUUCACAAUAUUCCUUUAGUAAUACAAAAUAGAACAUGACUGCAUGGGUCAUUGCAUUUACUUUUCUUACAUCCUUUUUUUACAAGAUCAUCCCUUUGAAACUUUAUGAAUUAAUGAUAAAAUCAAUACCAAUAGUAAACUAUUUAAUGAAACAGUUGUAAGAUAUUUUACACAAUAAAGUAUUCACAUUUUGAGGAAGUAGUGAAGAAGUGCUGAUUUUCAUCAUGAAUCAUAUCUCAUGAUUUUUUUAUUUUUCUUUAGUAGAAUAACAAAUGAAUUCAUUCCAGGUUUUCUUUUUUUGUUACUGAGAAUCUCCAAACCUUUGCUUGAGUGUGUCUUCUCUCAUUUCUAGGCUGUAUUUUGAUUGUUAAAUAAAAGUUAUUGUAAUUACUGGA